UCUAACUAAACAAAGUGAAUGCGACGUGACAUAAACCUAUGCAUUUGUAAUUAUUUCCAUUUUUAACGGUGAGUCCAAGUAUAUACCAUGCACACUAGGAUAGCAAAAAGGAGGGAUAUUUUAUAACCCACUAAAGUUCCGAACAAGACAGUGAACAUUAUAAUAAUUUCAACUAAUAAUAAGUAGCAUAGGUACAGAGGAGCAGCAUGGACGAAGCAGAACGUUAAACUUUCAUCUUUUUGUGCGUGUGAAGAAAAUUGUAUGCAUAAUACGCGAACCGACGCAACUUAAUCGAGCCAAGGAUCGAAACUAUCGUCCGUCCGACUUUCCACUUUGUCCAUCGCAUUCGCGUAAACAUUUUCAAUCUGCAUGCGAGGAUAACUUUCUUUAGCGAGCGUGUGUACCUCGUACUGCGAAACUUUAUUCUUUCCGCGUUAUUCUUUGUAAAUGUUGGUAUUUAACGCGUGCAGGCAUUGUACCGGAGAGUUUCUCCGAUGACCCUAUCUCGAUCCUGAGCCCACUCACUCACCAGCAGAAUUUUAACCCGCAGAAUUUGGUUCUCCCGGACAGUCGUUGUCUUCGAGCCGCUUACAACGCAUCGUUCGGAGUGCGGGCUGAUCUUUUUCUCUACUUUCGACUACGUGAUUUCAAUAUUUCACGCGUUACGUGACGCACACUACGUCUUGCGUACUCUCCUUCCUUUAGAGUUAACGCGUAACGUGGAAACAAAUGAUGCAAACGGUGUAACUCACAGUGUAAUAUUUAAAUAAACUCCGAGUGGAUUCUUCUGUUACUUUUCUUUCUGUUCUAAAGUAACGAGCCAAUUAUUUAAAUCUCGUGUUGUUAAUAAUUCCAUGUUUCAAUGGUAUACUUGUUAUUUUUAUAGGAGUAACUCUUCUAGUCGAUAAAAUCUUUCGAUCGAAAGAUACUAUUUUUACUGGACGUCAAUAACCGAACUGUCAAUAACAUGAGGACAGAGUUAAUAAAACACCAAUGCGUAUCUAUGCUACUGUGAAGUUGACAUUUUAAAAAUUCAUAUGGCAUCCCCUCCGAACAAGUAUUUCUUUCCGAACCAGGAUGAAAAAACUUUGGAGGACGUGUUGCUUGACGAUGGUAGGUGAAUAAAAAAACUCUCCUGAAAACUCUUACUUUUCGUUUCCGUUUUGAAACGUACUUAGCAUUUCGGUUGAAAACAUCGGGUGCUUGUCCCUAUACUGCGCUCGUACUGUGCAAUUAAGGUGCCCUACUUUCGAUCAAUUAUCUUUAAACUCCGAUCCAUUCGAAUUGCUAAAUGAUCGUGCCGUAAAAGGUGAAGAUAUGCAAGUUUCCCAUGCUCGACAUUGUUGCACGGACUUUCAAUGCGCAAUAAUAUUCGUAAGAUCGUUUAUAUUAUUGUAAAUAGCAUUUUUAGAACUUUGAAACAUUUUCUGUGCUUGCUCGCAUCGAUCGACUUAAUUUUCAUUUAGAAAUAGUACGUAAGCAACGAUCGAUUAAUUUCGUAAAUUAAUCUUAAUCGUUGAUCCAUCGAUAGGGGAUUUUCUCAUCGGUUCUUAACCAACCUCGUUAUCGUCGGUGAGAUAUCGAUUAAUUGCUCCGCUAAUGAAUCGAUUCACCGAGCCUUCGAUCGAAACAUUAAUUGUACCAAUUAAUUUUUUACGGACACCCUGUCUUCGUGGAAAUUAAACGAUUGUUUCUCUUUCAAGGGAAACCGGAGUAUGAUAAUUUGGGAGAAAAGCCUUUGUUCGAAGACAUCUCGGCCGCGGACGAGGACGUAGAUUUUUCGCUAACGGUGAGUAAAGUGUUUUCUGUUUACUUCCCUGCAUUUUUACCGUGAACGAUAACAUUUCGAUUUACUAAACAGUGUGCUGUACACGCAUGUAAUCCAUACUACGCUUUAACGAUAAAUGACGUGAAAAGAUAAUGCCUGCAUCGAUGUCUCGAUUCUUGCAACUGCAAUCUAAGAUAACGAGAAAUAAUUAAUGUCCCAUUUCGCAUUUUGAAAGCAAACAAGACACAAUCGAAUACACGUGCCUAUUGUUACUACUAAUCAAGCAAUAUCAUAGUCCAAGUACUAACAGCGAUUGAUUAAAUAGUUCCUUCCUGAUCAUCGAACAGGGGAAGGGGAUAAUCUGAAAGGGAAAGGGAAAAGAAACGAUCGACCGAAAAAAUACCAAGCGUCAGUCUUUCGUUUUCCCACGCAACUUAAUCCCGCAACCAGCAAUUACCCCCUUCGGUAAUAACAUAAUCACGAACUGUUUCGUUUCCAAACAGCUGCGUCGUUCCCAAUGUGUCGCGCGGUCUCGUUGAAAAUUGCAUCGAAUGUUUUCACCCAAGUUUCCAGCGACAAUACACAAACUAAGCCGACCGCUCAAACAUUCAACAACUCUGCCGAGCUUUGAUUGCCGGUCUACGCGAAGAGUAAAGACUGUCCACGGAAUUAUUAACGGGUCUCGGUGCACCCUUUCGUUUCCCUAGUUUCUCCGUAAUCGCGAUGCCCGAGUUUUUUUUUCGCUGUUGCGUGACAGAGAUCGUCUACAGACAGGGUAUAAACUCUGGUGUCUAUAGACAGUCUGUAGACAUAGCUGGCUCGUAGCCAGAAAAGCCGGAUGAUGGUACUGGGGCAUCUUGCGUAAUUCCUCGACGAAAAUCAGUUAUUUAAAUAUGAUACGACACCAGUCAUGAUUUAAUAAAAUAUUUUACGAAAAGGUUACAGUCGACGACGAAAAUCUAAAACGGCGCGAACGCUAAAAAGUCCAGAGUGGAACGUGUACAACCCGAACGAAAUUAACAUGGAAAGUGUUAAUUUCUUGGGAACAUUUAUUACGCCUUGGGGAGCACUCCUUUUCCGUUAGAGUUUAUCGACCACGAUCGUCCAGUUCUUUCGUCGAAAUCUGUACUUCUGUCUGUCGCGAGAUCGUGCUCGUUUUCAAUUUAAAGACGUUUCGCUCGAUUUGUUCUAUAUUAUCUCGACCGGAAUAACGGAUUGGACUGAACCAAUAUUUGGAUCUCGUCGCGGAUUAUAGUUUUAUCUUGAUCUUGUUUAAAAAAAUCCUCUUCGUACACGGCGAAUAAUGUCGGAUAACUUCGUGACGAACAAUAAAAGUUACGAUAUCAUUUAUUUAUAAUCAACUUCUCGUGACGCGCAUGUUUUAUCGACUGUUUAUACGAUACGCUAUCAAUAAUUGUACAAAAACACUCUAGUUCUACGGAGAAGGUUCGUUAUCGAAGAUAGACGAGGGCUUCUGCUCCUGAUAGAACGGAAGGAUAAUCUGAACGAGCGUCGGUGCUCGAUCAGUGUCGCGAUGGACGUCCACGGACGUCUUGUACAUCAUCGAUCGAUAUGCAGUGUUGUCGAUACACUUCGAAGAACGUCAUCGAUCCACUCUAGUUUCGAUUAACGAUGCGAAGAAACGGGAACGUACGAUUUUUAACUAAACGAUCAGCAAGUGAUUAAGAAUGAACGACAAAAGACGAUCGACGCAAACACAGAUCUACGUUUGUCAUACCACAGACUGCGCGGAUGUAAUUCGCGAAGAGCCAACGAGACCUUGGUACAGCUGGAUUUUCGACGUAUUGUGCGGCAGAGAUCAGAAAAAAUGGUACGCGAGCAAACGUACAAUAGGAGUGCACGAAGCGCUUCCAUCGCUAGUGUUGCCAACACAGAAAGGGCCACAGGAUAUCGAUGAUCAUCCGUUAACGAACAGUGUUCCUAGUUUGAUAAAAAUGAUCAGCAAAUGGAUAUUCUCGCUACCACUUCGAGGAGAUUGGGGUGGAGCGUGUCGGUAGCAAAAGACGCGGAAAAGGCAGUUGAGUUUUUUCAAAGUCGAUGCCACGAGCUAAUAAUCAUCGAUCACAGGGGUCAACGAGCCGCGGAGGCCGACAUAAUUUGUAGGGCGAUCAGGGCUAGUCCCGUUUACCACAAUUCCGUUAUCAUAGCACUCGUGAAAAAAUCAUACUUCAUGUACAGCGACAAAAAUAAAAUCGUGGCACUGGACUUGCUGGAAACGGGAUUUACCAGAGCUUUAAUGGAGUGUUCCCACGAGGGAAUACUAAUAAACGAGUUAGUGGGGAUUUAUACCAGCGCGCUAUUGCCAAGAACUCAACUCGCGGCCGCCAACGCGCUCUAUGUGGCCCUCGACAGAUGCCGUGACAUGGUGCACGUCACGGACGACAAACACAUUGUACAGUAUGUUAAUAAAAUCAGCGAAAAGCUGCUAGGGUAUAAGACGAGCGAAAUGUUGGGGAAGAACAUCGCGGAGAUAGUGUAUUACGAGAAUUUUGUUCUCAUGGAGCAACAAAUAAGCAAAGGUCGAGAGUUCGAGGGAAACAUGAAAUGUAGGCGGCAGAACAACCGAAUGAUCACUAUUAAUUGCAGAGUGAUACCUUUCAGCACCACGUCCAAAAAACCGACUCACUACAUAUACGUAUACGACACGACGUAUUUGUCGGAAAACAUUGGCCCGCUUAGUCCGCCUCCUACACCGUCGCAGCCAACUUUUCCUAAAGUGGGCGCACCUUUGUCACAGAGGAGAUCGUCCGACGUUAGAUCUAUUACCACCGAGGGUCGCAGACGAUCCAGUUUGCAGAGGCUGCACUCUUUGCAAUUAGAAGCCCCCAUCACGAAAGUGAUCACUCUCCUUUCUAACGCGAUCACGGAGUCCACGACUCCCGAGUCAGCAGCACAAAUCGACAAGGCAAUAGAGAUACUCAAAACGACCGAAUUGUACACACCGAACCUCAGGGAGGACGGAACCUACGCUGAUCCGGUAGCGACUGAUCUCGUCGGAGCUUUAAUCGCCUCACCGCAAAGGGCAUGGGAAUCGAGAAGAUCGUCGGCAGAAUCCACGCGAAUCACGACGACUGUUCCGAACAUUUCGCGUGUGCAGAUCAAGGGUUUCAGAGGGCCGCAGGGGAUCGCGGAAAUUCUAGACAGAUGUUUGGACUGGAAUUUCGAUAUAUUCAAGCUGGAAGUUCUGACAGAAGGAAGGUACGAAAUUUACUCUCCGUCGUUGUAUCUCUUCUUACUUCGUCGAAUUCGUUACAGACCGCUGGUCUACUUGGGAACGACCAUCAUGAAUUUGUUCCGCGUCCCGGCCAGAUUAGAGUGCGACGAAAAAACCGUCCAGAACUGGUUGGCCUUGAUCGAAGCAAAUUAUCGGGCUACGAACACGUAUCACAAUUCGACCCAUGCCGCGGACGUUUUGCAAGCUACGGCUAAGUUCAUGCAAUCGGAGAGACUGAAACGGAUUUUGGAACCUUUGGACGAGGUUGCCGCUUUAAUCGCGGCCGCUGCCCACGACGUUGAUCAUCCGGGUAGAUCGAGCCAGUUUCUCUGCAACGCCAACAACAAGCUAGCGAUUCUUUACAACGAUAUAUCCGUGCUUGAAUCGCACCACGCCGCCCUGACGUUCAAGCUAUCGUUAUCGGAGGACAGUGUUAAUAUUUUCAAAAAUUUGACACGGGACACGUACAAGCUAGUCCGUCAGAACGUGAUAGACAUGAUUCUGGCUACCGAGAUGACAAAACACUUCGAGUAUCUGGCUAAGUUCAUGAAUUUCUGCAGCGUAAAGAUCGGUGACCAAUCGAUGGAGGGCUACGCAAAUUCCAUGGACAUGUCUGUCGUGCUACAGCCAGAAAACGUAGUAUUAGUCAAAAGAAUGAUGGUGAAAUGCGCCGACGUGUCAAAUCCGACCCGGCCAAUGAAAUGGUGUAUCGAAUGGACCAGACGAAUCGCGGAGGAGUACUUUUGUCAGACCGAGGAAGAGAAAAAACUACAGUUGCCUGUCCUAAUGCCGAUGUUCGAUAGGCCAACGUGCUCGAUACCAAAAUCGCAAAUUGGUUUCGUCGAUUUCAUCAUAAACGAUAUGAUCGAAGCGUGGGAUGCGUUCAUCGACAUGCCGGAGAUUGUGGGGUACAUGAGACAAAAUUACGAAAAAUGGAAAGAAUACAAUGAGAAAGGUAUAACGACUCUACACGACAUUGAAAAACUGCAACUACUCCCCGAAAUGCACAUAUCUCGAUUCACGUGACACAUCGAAAAAGUCGACCCUGCAGUCUCUUCGUCCAUCCCCCAACAUGUUUACGCUGUGUGUUGUGUAACGAUUUGUAAAAUAUUUAUAAUAUUUAAGAAUAGAAUAAUAUGGCACGUCGUACGCUUGUAAGUUCUUUUUUUAGAAAAUACAUCUAAUUUUCAUUUACGUUUCGGGUAUUCGUAUUCCACCAGCUUCUUCCGUUUCGUUCUCCCCUCGAGUUUAAUUUUAAACUCGUGACACUGCGGAACGGAGUGUAACUCUAGUCGUAUGGAUCUAUCGUUAGCCAGGUUUCUUUCCCUAAACAUCAAACAGAAGAAUAUCGCAUGCAUUUUUGGACUAUUUUUAAUUUUGCUCGAUUACACAUCGACCUAAUUCCGCUGAAUUUUAACCUUUACCGUAAAUUGUAUAUAAAAUUUCAAAGGCUUGCAAAAAAAUUCAAUAUUUAAUAAUCACAGUACCUUUUCUCUCCAAGGAAGGAUCUGGUUUUAUCUGGUUUUGCUUUCGAAUGGAAAAGACUUCGUGUAUGUCAAAUAUUCACUUUAUUGUUUCUCAGCCAAUAGAAGAUGUUCGAAUAUACUAAUUACUAAAUGUUGCAAAACAUUACAGUAUGAAAUGUGAUAUAUCGUUAUUUCGGAUCGUCAAAAAUUUAACACGUAUAAUUUUUUUAUAAAUUUCUAAGGGAACGACACGCGUUUGCAGUUACAUAGUCUGUUCUUUUUUUUUUAUGUAUACGAUGCCUGUAUAUGAGGAAAACUUAACGCAUUUCAAGUGCUGCCGUAAAGUAGAAUGUAAAAUAAAUUAUGCAUACGCGUCCUGAUUCUCUUUAGGAUCUAACAGUUUUCGUUAUUGUAACCUAAGCAACGCGUAGCGCAAUCGGUGAAAGCCAUUUGUAAAUGUUACAAGAAUCGAUACAAAACUUGUUACUAAGUCACAAAGUACAGGGAAUUACAAACACUAAUUCGCAGUAUAUACUUUUCUAUAUGUAUACAACACACGCAGAGAUAAACUCUUAACAGUAUUCUUUCGUUAUUUGGGCAUUCGAAUAAUCAAAGUCGUUUUAUCCAGCAUCAAAGAGACACGUAGUUUUCACCACCCUAACGGGCGAUAGAGACAGUUUUUCCACGUACAUUUUCGUAAUAGUAUUUUAAAAAACGAUCGUAAGAUUCAUCCGACAACAUUUAAAACAUGGAAGAUACGUAGAAUAAAUGUAAUUGGAUUUAUUGAUUAGCGUAUUUGUGGUCGAUUACGCAUCACCUAAUCUUUAUUAAUCAUAUUAAUUCUAUUAUUAUCACUAUAUAAUGCCGCACAAUGACUUAUCCUGAGGUGUUGGGUAAACUUAAAAAUAAAUUAUAUACGUACACCCUGAAUAUAUUCUAGUUUUACCCGCUAACAAGUGCUCUCUCACGUAAGUUUUCUUUGUAAUGGUUUUGCGUUAUUUUUGUCCCGUUAGAAGAGUUGUUUCCGACUAUAUUGUUUGGGGGACUAAUAUUUGCGUUUGAUUCGUGUCGCAGUGCGUAAGUUAACGAUAACGUGGUACCUAUAUAAAAAUUUUUUAUAUCUGUUGAAAGUUGCGAUACAGCGUGUCGCUGUGAUUCACUGUUAAGGAGAGGUUCGAGACAGAGUUGAAAAGAAACUCGUGUCUACGAAAUGUGAUUUCGUUAUUCUGGUCGUCUGCGUGCCAUUGUCCUUAAUAUAAACCUCGGAAUUACCAACCAGAAAACUGCACACAGGUAAAAAUGCAAAGAACGUCCAUUGAACGUCUUUCGGCGACCGAGUCGCCCCCACAAAUCGCGUACCCCCUUCCCAAGGCAUCGCACUAAAGGCGCACUGGAAGGGAGGAUUCGACUUUCGAUUUUUUUUUUAUUAGACAUCUCGUCAUCAGUCUUUACUCGUCAGAGUCUUCACUUGCCAGUCACAACACCUACCAAUCACACGUCACUUAAAUUUAUAGGAAAUCGCAAGCCAGUAAUAUUUUUUUUUUUUUUUUGUGCGUAUACUCGCACUUUUCGCUAACAGUAAGUAGGAAUAAAUUGGCCAAAUAACACGUAUCCUAGUCGAUAACAUACAACGCUACGAUAUAAUACAAGUAUCGUAAAUAGUGAAUAAUCGAAAUUAAAACAAAUUCUAAUCGAAAAUUUUUUUUUUAACGACAAGAAUCGCGUUAACACGAAACUCGUCUAUUUUCCUUUUUUCUUCAAGUCGUUUCCUUACAAAAACUAACGAGGGAUCGUCGAGGACUAAAAAAUUCAAGAAGCUGAAAAUUACGUGCAAGCAGAGCAGUUCGUUCUCGGCAUAAACUAAUGUUUAUUGUUCGUGCGGAAUUAUAAUUUGAGACGAAAUCGGUACCAACCCGUAGCAUUAUUAUUUGAGCAUAGAUUAUGUGCUUGAUUCUAUCGACUUGUACUUUUUUACUUAUUCAAUGCACGAGUUUUAUCGCGCUCGCAGAAAAGAAUUUCGAAUCUGCAGCAUUUAUUAUUGGCGAUAAAGAUGGCAAAGAUGGAAAAGCCAGAGCUUGGUUGUAGGAAUAAUAGUCGCCAAGUGUUGGAAAAUCGGGAAAUAUCUUUCGAUAUAUUUAAAUAUUGAACCCUGAUUAGGACACGAAGAGCCGAAGAAUUAUUAGCAAUUUGGAAACCCCAAUUUUAGCAUCGAGGGGGAAGGGAAUGCGAAGGCACAAUAAACGAGCUACGCGAAACAACCGCACCACGCAUUAAAGAAUGGAACGAUCAAGUGUGCUGGCCCAGUUAACUAAUACAACAAAAUUCCCCGUUGUCUUCAACCAUAUAUAGAGCUAUUAACGAAACUUUCAAGGAACGAUAGACCAACAUUUAUGCCGCCAUAUCUGAUGUGGUAUUGUCGAGAACCAAUCUUGGGGGUCAUAUUUUCACAAUAUGCAUCCGAAAGAAGAUUUUUACGUCGCUAUAAAUAUGAUAAAGAUCUUCCUAGAUCCGCUCUGUUGUAUGUAUAUACCCAAAGGUGUCGAUAGCGUAUGCGUAAUUAUUGUAACGACAUCUGUGAUUAUUAAUUUGUACCUGGCAUAACUUCCAGAAUGUUCUAUGCCGGGAUGUAUAUGUAUAAACCACCAUGUGCCGUGUACCGUCCUUCAGAAAGUAAUAUAUACAGUUAAAGACAACAACGACGUAGUUAAAACCUUUUACGCUUCCUAAAAUUAGAACAGGUUAUGGGCCCAGGUGCUCAGUAAAAUUAAAACUAAAAGUGAAAGCAAAUUGUAAAAAAAAAGUAAAAACAGAUCCUAAAACCAAUUCCACAAAAUAUCAUGGCUCAGCCUUCAUCAUCGCACAUGGAAAUAGAGGACUCCUUGACGAGCGGAACACACCCGAGGGAUCAGGCUUCUCAGAAGGGUCCAACAAGAAAAAGAAUAGUGGACGCAGCCGAUCACACCAAAGAAAUAAUUGAUCCUAAGAAGCCAAGGAUUGAAUUGAAUCAGGAUGUCAAAUUGAAAGUGAUCAAUUUUAUGCUUAGAUCCUUUGCUGAGAUUCACAGAUUGGCCAACUUAACAGAAGAUGUUGCAAUGGAGAGCAUCAGGUCCAAAAUAUAAUAUUUAAUUGCUACACUGUCUUACGUCAGAGGGCAAACGAAACGGGUGGAAGGCUGGGAGAUGGGAUAUCUGGGACAACUUUCAUCACUCAUAGAGGGUUAAAGCACACCGUAGAGAGGCAGAUGGCCUACAAUAUUGUAGAGACGGCAGCUAAGGACAGCGACAUACCAUUUGUUCCAGUUAGACCAGGGCAACAGAGCUGGUAUGGUGUUGCCAGUCCACUAAUGAAUUUUUUAACUGGCUUUGACUUGCGCUUUAGUGAGCUCAGA